CAGCAGCCAAGAAGAGCGUUGCGCGUGAUCGGGACCCUGCGAGGGGGUAAGGACUGUGACGCCAGAUGUCCUAAGGACAAGAGCGGUUCGCUCGGCGUGAUAUAUCCGCGCAGCCCGUACGGCUCCCCCACGGCCCCGGACCGCUGUCCUGGGCUAACCCACCAAAGGAAGACUCGUCCGAUUGUCGGCGCCAAGGGGGCCGACACCCGUAGUAUCGCGACGCCGUCGGCUCAGGAUUACUACCUCGGUGAUAUCGGCGCCGGCCGCACCAGCUUCACCACGCUGAACUUCACGGACUUCUCGGCCGCCUACCCGACUUCCAUGUCGGGGGUGGUGGCCGACCCCCUGGACCCGGACAAGUCGGCCUUCAUGGAACUGCAAGGACAGGCGGCCCCCGCCCCUCACCAGCCGUAUCCUCUGCGCGCCCCGGGCUACCAGCCGCCCGGUGCGCAGGGCCACGAUGGUCCGCCGGGGUUCCAGACGCAGGGUCCGCACAGGGCUCCCCUGGGCGCCUACCCUUUUCCGGGCAUCAACAACGGACCCCUGCACAACUCGUACGGCGGACACCCAACGCAUCCGUACCUGAGCUCCUACCCCGGCGGACCUUGUGGACCGUGUCCGUCGCCACCGAGGGACGACAAGUCCCAGCUGGAAGAUACGCUGAGGGUGAACGGCAAGGGAAAGAAGAUGCGCAAGCCCCGCACCAUCUACUCUAGCCUCCAGCUUCAGCAGCUCAACAGGAGGUUCCAGCGGACCCAGUACCUCGCCCUGCCCGAGCGCGCCGAGCUCGCCGCCUCCCUGGGACUCACGCAGACGCAGGUCAAGAUCUGGUUCCAAAACAGGCGCUCCAAGUACAAGAAGAUGCUCAAGGCUCAGCAGCAAGGCGGCAGCGGCGGAGGAGGAGGCGGCGGAGGCGGCGGCGGAGGCACGCCCACCAACCAGGGCAGCGUGGGGACCCCUCAGUCUCAGAACCAGGGCCCGCACACGCCGAACCCGGCGCCAGGAACCCCGGGGCCCCCGUCGCUGGGGCCUCCCAACUCGGCCGGCACCCCGCAGUCGCCCAGCGAGCCCUCGCCCGGACCGCAGAGCCCUCCCACGAGUCACCACCACCACCAUCCCCAGCACCAGCAGCAGCCUCCGUCGCUGUCGCAGCAUCACCCGUCGCAUCCGCAUCACCCGCAUCACCUGCCGCACGGCGCGAGUCUCACGCCACCCGCCAUGUCGCCGCCUCUCGGCUCGUGGGAGAUGUCGCCGGCGGCCGCCAAGGCCGUCGCCAUGUCCAGCUACAUGCCGCAGUACACGUGGUAUCACCAGACGGACCCUUCCAUGAACCAACAAAUCCUCACUUAGCGCGCGCCGCCUGUCGCCGCCAUGGACGUGUUGUUUCUUGGACUAUUUUUUUUUUUGUCUCCUGCUUUCGUGUGCGUGCGUGAGCGUGGCUGUUUGUGUGUGCGUGUGUUCGUGCUCAUGCGCGACCGGUUGCGUUGGAACGUUGCACCAACUGGUGGGUGAGGACAUCGUGCGGAAGAGAACUGUGCGCUAUCGCUGGUCUUGUACCUUGUGCACGGUGCUGGCGCGAGCCACCUUAGAUGCCUGCGGGUCAUGUCGGAUAGCUGUGUACACGAAAGGCAGCUUUCGGCAGCCGGUAUUCGACAAGCCGGACUUCAGUGGACACAUAAGUGCACGUGAGGCGGCACGCACUUCCUUUAGAGCUAAAUGUAAUGGAAUAAAUUAAGGAGUGUAGAGGCGCAAGCAGCCGUUAGAUGCUGAAAGCGUCACCGUGAUGCUAAAAUAAAGAUUCUCGUUCAAGCAAAACAGAUGGAAAGCUUAGAGUUCAGGCGCGCCAACUUGAGGCCGAGAUCGCUCACCACACCAAGCAAUGCAGAGCAGAUCUCUUGUUUCAGGCGAGGGUUGAAAGAGACGCCUGCGCUUGCGCAAACUGUCUGAGCUUGCGUGUGUGUUAGCGCUUUUAUAGUGACCAUUAGGUGCUUGGAACUUUCUGAACAGCAUCCAUUCUCAAAUACGGACCAAGCAAUUCUUCCGCUUUGGUAUUGGUAACACAUGCUCAGUAGAGUCUCGAUUACUGCAUGCACAACACAAAGGUCAACCUGAGCUCAUUGGUCUGCAAAUUGAUUGGGCUAAAGUUGUCCUGUAAAAACUACUGCUUAGUCAUUUAAAAGUGGGGCAGUGUGACGGCUAGGGUGGUACACGUGCUACCUUACAACGGUAGCGUGCUUUCCCCAAUGCUUAGGCGGGCGCUGGCCACGUGACUGCGCCUGCGCACGGUGUGUGACUGCAUGCGCGUUCAUGUUUGCUUGUGGUGUGGUGUGCGAAGGCUCGUGUUUGCUUUUGAAAAUGGUGCACUGGACUUGAACGGCGGUUACGCGCCACGAACUGUCCCAGGGGCGCUGAAUGGCCGUUGUGUAUGGUGUGGACUGUUUUCCUUGUUAGGUGCACAAACGCCCGCUUUCCUUUUAUUUCCGCAAAAGGAGUUUGUUUACACGUGCGCGCAGGGCUGCAUAAUGCAUUGAAUACAAAGCACGGUGCAACAGGGGUGUCGCCUCGUCGUCCUUAUAGGCGCUCCUUCUAACCACAUGAAGCGCUUCUUCUGGCGUCGGCGUCGCGUUACUUCCACCGUCACCGUUGCGCCGUCUUUAAGUGGGCUCUCCUUCAGCCGGUCUCGCAGCGUUCUUUUCAAUUACCAUCGUUUGACUACAAGCUUGUUCAUAAGCUUGCUGCAGACGCCGACGGAUGGACGCUCGAAGAGACGCUUCAUGUAGUUGGCGCUUAAAGUUGUUUGGAAGAAAAACUUAGGCCAAGCAAGCCUACAUUUUAUUGCUUACCGCGGACGAAGUGCGGAAAGUGGCUUUGGCUCUCGUGUCUAUCUGGCCAGCUAGAACGCUUUCAGGCAGAGGGUGUCGACUGAAUCGGCACAUCGCUUCCUGGCGAGCUGUACUGCUCCUCUUGCAUCUUAAACAGCGGCCUCCUUUGCACACAAUACACUUUAGCUGAGCGUGAAAGAAUUUGGCCCACUGCAUAUCCCACAUGCGUCGAAGCGAGUUAACCUGGUAAACCCGCUUUGUCCAUGACUUUUCAUGUGCUCUCUGCUCCAUCAUCGUUAUAUAGCUUUAGGGCUGUGACGUACGCCGUAGUGGGGGCCUCCGGUGGGAUUUUGACGAUCUUGGGUUCUUUAUUUAACGCGCACCUGAAUCCAAGUACACGAGCGUUCUUGCAUUUCGCGCCAGUCGUGUAAUGCGGUCGCCGUGACUGGCAAUCGAGCCCACAACCUUAUGUUAACUGCAGCCAUGUUUCAUUGAUAGUGAUUUUAUCUGUCAGCGAGAAAAUUUAUUUACGCGUGAGCAAUUCACGAACCAAACUUCGUGUUUUAAGCAUCCCGCCAGGAGCAUUCUACGGGCUGUCUAAAUGCGUUUUUGUUAAUGUUCUUGCGAAACGUGUAUCCGGAGCCCUCCACUACGGCGUGCCUCAUAAUCAGAACUGGUUUUGGCACGUAAAACCCCAGAAAGAAGAAGAACGUCGUUUCGCUAUAAAGGGCAUGGGUACGCUUGCUUCCUGAAAUCGAUACGUGCAGAGUGAAUCUUGCCAUUAUUAUUCCCGUAUGAGGUCACCCCUGUUGCACAGAUCUUUGACGUCUCCAUGUGUUCAGAAUUCUCGCCGCAAUGUUGUGAUGUAGCCUCGGCGACAGUUUUAUCGCAAGCGCUCACGGCACUGAGGUAUGCAAUAAGAGGCAAAAGUCGAUCCCAGAGUCCAUAGUUCUACUUCUGGCUCACGUCAGUGGCCAUCCAUCUUGCUGGCGCUUGACCUUUGGCCCACCGACACUAGAGAUGGAUUCCACGUGACGUCACGAUGGCGCCGUGUUCAUAAAUUACUAGUUUUGUACGGUGCCGGUCGGAAUUAGGAAGGGCGGUUAUUUUCUGUCUUUAUUCUUUGCUUUUCGUUCACACCUCAAUAACAUGGUUGCUGCGACGAUAUCUGUGGAAGCCACCUGUGUGAAGGCUGACUAAAGCUGUAGCUGUCUGCAGCAAAUUAAAACCGAACGUGAAAAAUUUAGAUCGUAGCACUACAUCCAAAAGAACUAACGUUAUCGAGCCAUGCGCUACAAAUUAGCGCUUUAUUUUGACUUCGUCGUGCUAUAAACAGAUUGUAAUAGAGAAGACCAACAGUGAAAUUCAUCAGAAGCCUCUCCCAGCUUUUUUUCUUUUUGUUUUUUUUUCUUUUUAUUUCUGUGCUCUCGUUUGAGUAGUCUUGUUUAGGUUUCAACUGAACAGGACCAGGCGUCGCCUUGCGUCGAGAAAUGGUUGUUGAAGGAAAGUGGUGUACAGAUACCGGUCGGAUGAUUCUGUCGAGGUGUAAAAGAGUGUAUUUAAUUUUUGCCGAAAUAUUUGAAGGAAAAAGAAAACUUGACGCGGACAUUUAUGUUCACUUUGUGUUAUUUCUUCUGACCUCACGUGUGUCGUGGUCGUCCACGCAUUGUACAUAGUUAUAUAAUAGAGUGCCGCGCGGAAAUUCAUCUGCGAUCAUUCUACAUGGAGCAGCCAGAUACGUAUAAUGCGUGAAUGCAGCGCCUGACGUUUCGGUAGUCAGUGACGUGCAGAAAUCUCUGGUUGGUGCCGGACUCGAAUGCAGCCUCGGCUCCCUGGCCUAAACUUGAAACCGUUUCUUGAAACCGGUUCUUGAAACCCGCGUAUUGCUCACUGAACUCCAGUAUCCAAUUUACUGCCAGAUAUUCUCUGCGAAAGCCCAGUAUUUGUUCGUGCUAGUUAUGUAUAGCAACGCUUCACCUGUCAGCGCUUUAGGAUUGGGCAAAGUUCGCUUGUGAUUUUAGUAUUGACACUUCAUCUGAAAAAAGUCGUCGCGUUAUCGAAGUCUUACCUCCAUAUAAAAACAUAUAUAAUGAAUUGCCUGAUAUAACAUGCAAUGUUUCUCGCCAAUAUUGGCGCGUAGCAAAUGUAUGCUUAUAACGAAUAUCGAAUAUAACGUAGCCAUAGUGGUGUCGAUACGACUUCGUUGUAACGACAGUCUACUACAUGUAUAGAAACGUACGAAAGAAAGGGCCGAUCAUACGUUUAGAGCCAGGAAAAUGUUUUUUUUUUUAAUUUGGGACAAGUAGCGCUCGAACCGCUGGUUAGACGGGAAUGCCGAUAGCCGAUUAAAGAAGUUUGGCUCAGUGCGAGCGAUCAAUGUUCAGAUGUCUCGGACACACAGGCUUCCCGUUAGAGAUACCUCGUGCAAUGGCGUCAUUGCGAAAUUUCGAUCGAAGCGUUAUAAACCGGAUGGUCCUGUUCAAAUGCUCUACGAGGUUUACGAUAAUGAUAUUAAGCAUACAUGAUCUUGCGCAGCCCGAUCUAUUCUUAAAAGUUGACUCUCCGCCUAUUUAAGGACACAAACAAAUGUUUAGAGUGGUGAGAAACGCUAAGAUCAAAUCAUACGUCAGGAAUCUGGGAACAGUGACCAGUCCUGCUGCUAUCCUAGACGCUUCAUUUGCGUAUAAAGAAGCAAUCUGCCGCCUUAGCGAACUUGUGCGCUUCCAGACACAACUGUCCAAGAGCUGUCCUGGAACAUCCUUCCUCUGGAAGUGAAACGUCUGGCGCCAUAGCAAAAACGUAGACUUACGAUGUGCGACUGCAGAAGUACCUGGAAUCAGCUGCGGAGCUGCAGCAAUCAAUUCACGAACCAGGACAAUAAAUAUAUCGCGCGCGCGUUUAGGCCAAGGAUUGGGGGCUGUUGCCGGCAGGAAGACAACUGGAGACAUGACGCAUGUGUCUUGGGCAAUCUUCUCACUGUGUCUUCAUGUUACUGGCGCUUGAUUCAUGUCGGGUGCUUGUGUGUUUGCGUGCUUGCGGAUGGAGCGUGCAUAAAUGUGUGUGAGCAGCGCGCGUUCUGUGAACGGACACGUGCGAUUAGUCGCACAUGGCUUGGCGGCCUCUGUCGCGGUUGUGGCUGCCAGCCUUUGUAUAUUAUUUUGGGAAGAAAGAAAAAAAUUCAUGAACUGUGUCGAAGAGAGUGAUAUAAGAGAAAAAGAAAUAAAUGUCGCUCAGUUGUACAUAAACCUUCA